AUGCUGCGAUCUGAUUUCAAAGAAAUCGAUGCUUCAACGACAUGGAGAGAACACAUGUUGGCCGAGUUAGAUUCCUGGAGGUCGCAGUUACGUCUAUUGAGCGAUGUUGCCUCCAAAAGCUACACAAGCGAUCGAUGGGUUGGCAUGGCUUACAACUACACGAUCCUCUUAUUACACCAGCCGACAAAAGAAAACGUCUGUAAUGGCUUUGGGGACCGAUCAAUCCCAGCCUGUGUUCAGAUUGCUAUGACAUUCAGAACUUUUCAAAAAGACCGACAGACAGCACAACUAUGGCCUGGACUCUUGAGUCAAGUUGCUGUAGGUAUCACCCUUCUAUACUGCUUCUGGGCAACUCCACCCCGACAUCAAACCGUCGCCUACCGGUCAAGAGAAGUUCCAGAAGCAUUACGCGCCUGCUCAACUGCGCUAGCCAUACUCGCUGAGCGAUGGGUUGAAGCUGAACCUUUACGCGACGUCUUCGAUGUUCUAGCCAAAGAAGUUCCACUCUACGGUAUUGUAGAGGACGACACGUCACCGAGGCAUAUCUCAGCGGAGUCUGCUUCCUACAUUCAAUCCCGGAUGCCUUUGCUCACAUCGAUCAUCAUGCAUCGGGGUGUUUUGCGUAUGAUACGCGAGAUGACUACGGAGGAUUUCCCUAGGAGUCAAAAUGAGGAAUUCCACCACCAACUGCCAGCAUUGCAUGACCAAACUAUGCUUGGGGGUUUGAGUAGUCACAUGUGCUCCGAGGAGUGUCCGUUUUUCCGUGAACCAACGCAUCCUGGGUCGAUGGCUGGCAGGGGUGCCCAGGCUUUUUCUCCACUUGAUAAUGAGAUUGGCAGCGCAUACGGGAUUGACGAGACGCUCAUGUUUCCACUCCUAUUUGGCUCGGCGGAAUUUUGA